UUGCCCUUUCUGACGUCGUUUGAUUUGAACUCUUCGCCUUCUCUCACUCUUUUUGCAUCCUUCAUCUGCAAUCGCCUCCUUCCUGCUUCCAUCUCGUCUCUAGUCUACUCUCUGCGACGCGAUCGAUCAGGGAGAAGCGCUUUGCUGUGCUGUCGAAGUAGCAGAGUCGGGGAAGGCGCAGGCGAAAGGGGGAAAGGAGGUACAUUUCUGGUUUCUUCUUAUUUUUCUCGGGGAUAUGGCAUCGGGGAGCUACCGGAAUGGAGGCGUCAAGGUGGCCUCCAAGCUCGACCGAUUGCCGCCGUCCUCCGCUGGCUACGCCACGCCUAAGCCUUCUGCCAAGUCCAGGCCUUCAGCUGCCGCAGCCGCCUCCCGCCGCGGCGUUUCUAUGGCUCCUCCCGCCAGUAGGGCUGGUGGAGAUCCCGGAGUUCCUGGAAGAGUUCGUGUGGCUGUAAGACUUCGGCCUCAAAACGCAGAGGAGAUGAUAGCAGAUGCUGAUUUUGCUGACUGCGUGGAGUUGCAGCCAGAGCUCAAAAGGUUAAAGCUCCGUAAGAAUAAUUGGGAUUCAGAAACUUAUGAGUUUGAUGAGGUGCUGACAGAAUCUGCCUCACAAAAACGUGUAUAUGAAGUUGUUUCAAAACCAGUUGUAGAGAGUGUUUUGGAAGGGUAUAAUGGAACAGUUAUGGCCUAUGGACAGACAGGCACUGGCAAGACUUUUACUCUUGGAAGACUUGGAGAAGAAGAUACAGCUGCCCGAGGCAUCAUGGUCCGUGCAAUGGAAGACAUUCUUGCAGAUACAUCUCCAGAGAUUGAUUUUGUUUCAGUAUCAUAUCUGCAGCUUUAUAUGGAAAGCAUACAAGAUCUUCUCACUCCUGCAAAUGACAAUAUUAACAUUGUAGAAGACCCAAAGACUGGGGAUGUUUCACUUCCAGGUGCAACGAGUGUAGAAAUUAGAGAUCAAAAAAGCUUUAUGGAGCUCCUAAGAGUAGGAGAAGCACACCGUUUUGCUGCUAAUACAAAGCUCAACACAGAAUCAUCUAGGAGUCAUGCUAUUCUGAUUGUACAUGUCAAGAGGUCAGUGAAAGGAAGACUUGAUGCUGACCAAAAUUUUCAUGGUGAAAAUGGCAUGGCCUCCAAUUUGGUAUCAUCCUUCAAGCCGCCAAUUGUUAGAAAAAGUAAAUUAGUUGUUGUGGAUCUUGCUGGUUCUGAAAGGAUUGACAAGUCAGGAAGUGAGGGGCAUACUCUAGAAGAAGCAAAGUCAAUAAAUCUAUCACUGAGUGCUUUAGGUAAAUGCAUCAAUGCACUUGCUGAAAAUAGUCCUCAUGUUCCAGUUCGCGAUUCAAAGCUUACAAGACUUCUUCGAGAUUCAUUUGGAGGCAGUGCAAGAACUUCAUUGGUGAUCACAAUUGGCCCAUCACCUCGCCAUAGAGGAGAGACUGCAAGCACCAUAAUGUUUGGACAGAGGGCAAUGAAGGUAGAGAACAUGGUCAAACUAAAGGAGGAAUUUGAUUAUAAAAGUUUAUGCAGGAGGCUUGACAUUGAGCUUGAUAAAUUAAUUGCGGAAAAUGAAAGGCAACGGAAAGAUUUUGAAGAUGAAAUUGAGAGAAUUAAUAUGGAAUCAGAGAGCCGAAUUGCUGAAGCAGAAAGAAUCUACAUAGAUUCUCUCAAGAAUGAAAGACUGACGUACCAGCAAGAUUAUUUGGACUCAAUAAAGAAUCUUGAGGAGAAGUGGAAAUGCGAUGUUGAGAAAGCUCGAAUAGAACAUCAGAAUCUUUGUCUUGAAAAGGCACAUAAUGUAGAGGAUCCAUCAACAUCUACCUCAGUUGAUGUUAGCGAGGUUAGACAGUUGCAUCAGAAUGAUAAGUUGUCACGGCAGUCUAUUGAGGAUGAAGUUAACAAACUUAAAAGUGAAGUGUCACAUUGGAAACAUUUAGAGGAAGUUGGAAAUGCUGAAAUUCUGAAACUUCGCAAGAUGCUGGAGAGUGAAGCUAGUCAGAAGCAGAAACUUGAAGAAGAAAUAGCAAUGCUGAAAAGUCAAUUAUUGCAAUUAAGUUUCCAGGCAGACGAGACUAAGAGAAGCCUUGACAGAGGUGUGCCCUCAAAAUUAUCAACAGAAUUUGACUCCCUUGUUUCUCAAGCUAGACAUUCUCAACUUAGAGAUUCAGCAUAUGGACCUAAGGCUUCAAUUGCUAAACUAUUUGAGCAAGUGGGUUUGCACAAGAUACUGUCAUUGCUUGAAUCUGAAGAUCUUGAUGUUCGAGUUCACGCGGUGAAAGUUGUAGCAAAUCUAGCAGCUGAAGAAGCAAACCAAGAGAAGAUUGUAGAGGCUGGCGGGCUUACAUCAUUACUAAUGCUUCUAAGAAGCUCAGAGGAUGAAACUAUACGUAGGGUAGCAGCUGGUGCAAUUGCUAACCUCGCAAUGAAUGAAACCAACCAAGAGCUUAUCAUGGCUCAAGGCGGCAUUGGCUUGUUAUCUGUGACUGCUGCUGAUGCUGAGGAGCCUCAGACGCUUAGAAUGGUUGCUGGAGCCAUUGCUAAUUUAUGUGGGAAUGAUAAGCUACAAAGAAGGCUUAGUAGGGAAGGUGGCAUCAAAGCUUUACUAGGUAUGGUUAGAUGUGGACACCCUGAUGUUCUUGCACAAGUUGCUCGAGGCAUUGCCAACUUCGCAAAGUGCGAGUCUAGAGCUUCUACUCAAGGUGAAAAAGGCAGGCGAUCUCUUUUGAUAGAGGAUGGAGCUCUCCCUUGGAUUGUGAAAAAUGCCAAUCAUGAAGCUUCGCCUAUCAGACGCCACAUUGAGCUCGCGUUAUGCCACUUGUCUCAGCACGAAAUCAACGCAAAGGACAUGAUCGGCGAGGGAGCAUUGUGGGAGCUCGUCCGUAUAUCUCGUGACUGCUCACGAGAAGAUAUUCGUCUGCUCGCCCACAGGACUCUCAUCUCAAGCCCCGUAUUCCAAUCCGAGCUGAGGCGAUUGUGUAUUGAAUUUUAAGACAUAAUGUGUGGCUGUGUGUUGAUCAGGUGGUUCGAUCGAUUGUGAAUUGUGUCAUGUUGCAUCAGUCGCGGGGGAAGUUAUGCGACAAGGCACCAGGAAUGGCUACUUGGAGUUUUCAGUGGAGGCAAAAAUUCAUAUCUUUGGAGAAGAAAACAGAAUACAAGUUCAUCGACAUUGUAAAUAGUUGUUUGUUCCUAGUCAUCACUGAAGAUUAAUUUUUCACUAAUCACUUGUAUCUUAAAUAUGCAUCUGUAGCAAAUAGAGAAUGCGAAUUAACGGGUGUUCUUGAGAUUUUGACAGCAAUUAAGUUCAUUCUUUUUUUAUUA